UCUGCAGAUAAGAGUGUGGAGGAGCGGGACGGGGGCGAAGACGGUCCCCGCCUCUGUAGUCUCGGGGCGGCUCGCGGUGACAACUUGUCUGCCGUUUGAAAACAUACCCUGAACAUUGGCAUUUCCUUGUCUCUCUCGCCAUUUUCCGUCAUAACCAAGUGUCAUUCUUGGUGGCCAGAUGGAGUCUGCUGGAUAUGAGGAGAGUGCCGGAUGCCGUCAGGCAAUCCUGAGCAACAACCAGACCACCCAGACCAUUUCGUUUGGUGCCAGUGAGGAGAGGUGGAGCAGCGUGGUGGUGGGGUCUGAGGUGCAGGUGGAGGUGGGUGCCACAAACCAUACCUCCGGCUCCUCGGCAAUCACCACCCGCAACAUCAGCAACUACUCCUGGGACCACCAUUACCUGUCUGGCAGCCUGGUGGCCCAGCACUCCUCAGGCAACUAUGUGGCCUAUGCCAUCAGGGCACCCCAGAAGACUAGUGGGAUGGUGCGCAUUAUCAACAAUAAGACUGGGGACCGUGGCCUCGUAAGGAACAUCAGAGGGAUGGUGCGGGAUCUUGCUUUUGCCCACAUCACCAACCGCAUCAUUCUGGCCUUUACUGACCAGUUUGGGACACUAUAUGUCUGUGAGGUCACAGACACUUCCACUGGCACUUCACUCAACACUGAGAUCCUGGUGGAGGUGGCCAGCACCAGCAGUGAGGCCAGUGACCACCACCGUGUGAUCUGGUGCCCCUACAUCCCUGAUGAACAGGCUGGGGGAGAGGAGGGAGAUGAGCCAGCUCACCUCCUGGUGCUGACUCAUGGCCCUUGUGCUGAGAUCUGGAACAUCAGUGUGGUGCUGCGGGAGCACGGUGGAGGCCAGCUGCGGCGUGAGCAAGUUGCCUCGGGGUACCAGCUGAUGGAGCAGCACUCAGCCCCCAUCACUGAUGCUGCCUUCAGUCCAGAUGGGACAGCACUGGCCACUGCUGCACUUGAUGGUUAUGUCAAGUUCUUCCAGGUAUACAUGGCUGAUGAAGAGAAAUCACCACGCUGCCUACACCAAUGGAACCCUCAUGACGGGAAGCCCCUCUCAGCACUGUUUUUCCUGGAUGACCACAAGCAUCACAGUCCUGAUGUACAGUUCUGGAAGUAUGCUGUCACGGGUGCCUGCAACAAUUCUGAGCUGCGAGUGUGGUCCUGCGAGUCAUGGCAGUGCCACCAGACACUACGCUUUGUGCCAGCACUGCAGGACCCUCCACAGACGCCCCUGAUAUUCAAAGCCACCAUGGAUCCCUCAGCCAACUUCCUGCUGCUCUCAGACAUUCACCGCAGGGUGAUGUAUGUGGUGGUAGUGUACCAGGAUGAAAACACUGGUGGAGGAGGGGGAGGAGGAGGAGGAGGAAAUAGUAUUAGUGGAGGUAUUGGUGGAGGGAACUGCUGUGUGGGGAAGAGCAGUGGUGGUGGAGGGGUGGGGGGCAGUGCACAGCUGGUGUCGGUGUCGGAGCUGCCGGUGCAGUACCCAGCGCUGUUCCUCUCCAUCACGGAUGCAGCCUGGAAGCCUUACAAGCUGUGGAAACACGACCACAUGCAUGAUGCUGCUCAGAAUGCUCAUGACGAGGAGGACAUGGAGAGUCUGGACAUGGUGGAUGGCGUGGUGCUGCGCUGUGUUCUUAUCAACACUGUGUCCCUGCAGGAGGCCACCCUCAGGUUCAAGCCAGAUAUCCCCCUCCCUGGGCCUCCCACACACCACCAUGACCUCAGUGUGUCUCGGGACUCCAUUGAUGUGCGUGAUGGCUUGACAGACUUAAGCCUGAGUGCAUCAGAGGUGGACACAAAUGUAAGUAGAGAGAGGGAGGACAGGGAGGAAGAGCAACCACCUCCCCCUCCACCUCCUCCAGAUGCUCUCACCUCCCCUCAGAGCUCCAGCCUCUCCUCUCAGCACAACACUCCAGCGUCCACCCAGCCUCCCAUGAACCUGCUCACACCAGACUCCUUCAGCUCCCCCAGAAGGCCAGAGGAUUCAGACCUUCCUGAGGAGGACAAUGAGGAAGGCUCUGUGUCGAACAAGGUUACACCAAAUAAGUUUGAUGUGCCAUAUGCACCAGACUUUGAGAAUGCCGCUUUGUCCCUGCUGCUGCGGUGUGGCUCAGGAACCCUCAUGCCGAGCAGCGACUCAGAGAGCAGUAGCAGCCUCAAGAUCCUUGGUUCUGUGGUGGCUGGGUCCUCCACUACUCCUCCAGCAACCUCUCUUCCCCCUCCCUCCACUACCCCUCAUCCUGUCCCUCUGCAGGAUCAUGAAGUCCCCAUUGCCACAUCUGAGGUAGUGGUACCAAGUAGUGGGGGUGUGGGACGCACAGGAGCUAGCACCACCUCCUCCCCGUCCCUUGAGGUACAGCAGAUACUACAUUCCCAGAAUGGGAAGAGUGAGGAGUUUGCAGAUGAGGAUGACGAGGAUCCAAGAACUAGGGAUGAGGCAGGCAUGGCAGAGGAUGAAGAGGAGGGAGAUGAUGAUGAUGAAGAGGAGGAGGAGGAGGAGGAAGAAGGAGAAGAGGAAGAAGAUGAGCCUGAAGCACACCGGCAACCUCCCUCCUCACAUAGCCAUCCACCACCACCACCACCACCAGACCACCAAGCCUUGCCUCAGCCUCCCUCCACAUCCAUCAUCAAGCCCCCAACAUCCUUGCCUCAACCACCUGCAUCAGUCAUGGUCAAACCAAAACCUCCCACAUCCCUUCCCCAGCCACCAACACAACCCCCAUCCUCCUUACCACAGCCCCCAUCCUCCCUACCCCAACCUCCACUGCCCUUACCAGAGCAGUCUCCUCCCUUAGUCUCAAAGACACCAACAUCUGUGCAGCAGUCCUCUCCUUCCUCGCUGUCACGGCCGCCAGCAUCAUCCUUACCACAGGUGCCUCCCUCAUCCCUGCCACAGAGCUUGCCCUCAUCUCUCCCUCAGCCGGUCUCCUCUGUACCCCAGCCUCUGAACACCCUGGCUCAACUGACUCAGAAGCAGGCAGGUCUGCAUGGUCAUGAUGUGGAACUCCCCAAAGCCCCUACCCAGCCAGUUGAUUUGUUUGCAUCAGUGCGGGGUCUCCCUACACAGCUGACAUGUGCCCAGCUGGAGGCGGAGAUCAAAGCUGGAACUGUUAGCCCAGAAACAUCAACUUCUCCUGCUGCCAUGACACACCAGAGCAACUCGGCACAGAUCAAGAAUGAACGAGCCUUCAACUCUGUAGGCCAUCCAUCAGAGUCCCCGGCUGCUGACCAACUCAAUGGUCCUGUGACACCAGCGGUGACGCCUGAUGAUGUGGCUCAGCUGCGCACACUGAUGAUGGGCUGUGUGAGCAUUAGCCGAGAGCAGGGCCAGGUAGCUGUCUCCCAGGUGCGCUCCCUUGCCUCCAAGAUGGACAAGACACUCCAUCACCUGACACAGUUGACCAAGCAGGUGGAGGAAGUGAAGUCAGCCCAGUCGCAGAUUCAGAUGGAGCUUCCUCGGGCACUGGCUGCUGCACUGCGGCCUGUGGUGGAGGGCACACUGAGGAAUGAGCUGAGGACAGUGGUGCUUCCAGGUGUGGUGAAGAGCUUGGAACCCCUCAGCUCUCAUCUCACACAAGAGGUGCAUUCACUUACGAAGAACAGUGAAGAGCAGGUCCUGGAUGGCCUCACUAAAGUCAUUCACUCGAGGUCUUUCAUUGAUGGCAUCGUGGGAUCUGUGGGGACAGCAGUGGCAGCGACCGUGCAAAGCUCCUGCCGUGACGCUUACAACAAGCUGCUGCUGCCUGGCCUCAAUGCACUCACACAGCAGAUCUUUGCACAAGUCAAUGAGAACUUCAGCCGAGGCACUAGAGAGUAUCUACAGAACCUGGAGAAUGAGGUGCAGGGCGGGCGGACGGCAGUGCAGGAGAACAUGGGCAAGGUGUCACAGUCCCUGACUUCAGCAUGCAACUCUCUUUCCUCCCACUCCAAGUCUCUCCAAGACAAUGUCAACAAGCUUGUGGCUCAGCAAAACACGUUGUCUGACGCCCUUACUGAGAGGAUACGAGGGCUGGUGCGAGAGGAGGUGACCCAUGUCCUGCAGGAGCAUCAGGCCAAUCUGGACGCUCGCAGCCGUGCCCACACUCCAGGCCCCACACCCCAUGCCCACAACCCAAAAGUGGCUCAGCAGCAAGUGCAGGGUCUCAUUUCCCAGGGACAGUUCAACACUGCCUUCAAGCAGGCUCUCUCUGCCUCUGACCUGAGCCUAGUCAUGUUUGUCUGUGAACGUGUCAACCCACAGCAGGUGUUCAACAUGACACCAUGUCCUCUGAGUCAGGAUGUGCUCCUCUCUCUUGUCAACCAACUCUCCCAUGACCUCACUGUCUUUACUGACCUGAAACUCAAGUACCUGGAGGAGGCCAUCAUGAACCUGGACUCCUCCCACCCAGUGACGCGGGAACACAUGCGCUCUGUCUUGCAAGGGUUCCAGCGCAAUAUGAACAUGUACCUCAUGACUCACCCCAACAACAAAAAGGUCAAAAUGCUGCUGAUGGCUGUGAACCACUUGGUCACCUCAUAGGCAGGUGCCAUGGAGGACUGGUGAGGCUGUAUAUAGACAGGGAUGAAGCAGAACAAUGUACAUAAGUAUUUCUUCACCACAUACAAAUAUAAGAUGAUAUUAGCUAUCUUGUUUGGUGCUGUGUGUGUGUGUGUGUGUGUGUGUGUGUGUGUGUGUGUGUGUGUGUGUGUGUGUCUGUGUGUGUGUGAGAGAGAGAGAGAGAGAGAGAGAGAGAGAGAGAGAGCAGAAAAAAUAAUAGGAUUCUUGUGUGCCUGUGUUGCAUGCUGCUGCACAUGUUAUAAGCAAAAAUGUAAAUAUGAUGCAUUUUACCAUGUACAUAAUAUGAACCCUGAUUCUGUCAUAGAAAAUCCUAAUAACUAAAUUCAGUUAUUAGUUACUUAUUCAUUCUAUUGAAAUUUCAGUAUGUUGCCGUCAAUAAUUUUGUGUGAAAGUGCUACAUGAUAUGGCUUCUUAAGUUGUUUCUUUGAUUUUUGCAGUUUACUUUUUGAGUUGUUAAUAUAUGUAGGAAUCAUAUUUACUUUGCUUGGAAGUUAGUAAUUUCAAACCCCAAGUGAUGUGCAAGUUCAUUAUAAGAGUGGCACUGAAGGCAGAGAGUGCAGGCUCACUGAGGGUGUGUACAUCACGCAGUUUUUGUGGGUGUGUGGCUAAUGUGUUUAGGAACGGCUUUGUAGUCUGUCUAUUUGUCUUUGUCAAUUUAUCUCUCAAUCCAUUCAUGUCUAACACAUGUCUAUUUAUCUUUCUGUCAAUCUAUCUCUCUAUCCAUUCAUUCUUAGGACCUGUUCCUAAGAAUUGUCCCAAAUAGAUGACCGCAACUGGAGAGGCUCCACUCAUUGUUGUCCUUGUAUUCCCUCUCAUUCACCUCACACCACUUUAACUCCCACCCUCUGCCAUCCCAUUACACUUGAGGUCAUUAUCUUGCAUCCACUGUGUCUACAAUAUUCAUGUAUAUUCUCAUAGUCAUCAGUCAUCCAAUUUUCUACAGUUCUGUCUUUGGCCGAAACAUCUUUGGGUCAUGCACUUGACUACGUCACCUAAACUACAUUUCAUUCCUUCUCCUUUAUUGACACUAAUCCUGUUAAACACACUCCUCUUACAUUACAUGGUACAUCAGAUUAAUAUUACCUUAUUUCUUGUAACCUUACAACCUUAGUAUAAGAUCGGAGAUAGUCCGUCCUUGGAAAAAUUAUUUUGUUUUGAUAUGGAUGCUUUGUGAUUUUUAUUUCAUUGCAUACACCAGCUCUAUUUUUUAUUCAUUUUUUAUUUUAUAUAUAUAUAUAUAUAUAUAUAUAUAUAUAUAUAUAUAUAUAUAUAUAUAUAUAUAUAUAUAUAUAUAUAUAUAUAUAUAUAUAUAUAUAUUUUUUUUUUUUUUAAGGAAUGUUGCCAUGGAAAGUUGUAAAUGUAUUUUUCAAAUAAGUUGUGUGAUCUUCCACUGAUCAGUCAUGUACAUACUGCAGCACCAUUUCAUAUCCUGAAUAUGAAUUUUCUUUCUUGCAAUAUUCUAAAAUACGAGUCAAUGAUAGUUUAUCCUUUUAUUAGUUAAUGGCUGAUGGUGCUACGCCUGUCUUCUGACCUGCUUGCUUGUGUCGGUGGGAAAGGUAUUGCUGGCAUGCUUUCAGACUGUUGCUGUAAAGGUUUCAUUCACCACAGGAAGUUGGGGCAUGGAGAUCAUUUAUUGCUGAAAUUUGACCUGUCUCAGCAGUGUUGUUCUUACACCUGUCAGAGGAAGCAGUAGAAGGGCAUGGUAUUAAUCUCAGAGGAAAUACUAAAGAUAUCUAUUUUUAUGGUAAUUUACUCCAGUAGAAAGUGGAGGAUAUGGACAUGAAAGGAAAUUUGUCCAUGAUGGAGUAAUCAGCCUUGAUCUGGGCUUACAUGCAGUAUUUUUAACUGAGUCUAUGCAUUGUGCAAAAACUAAUAUUAUAUUAGAAAGAAUUCACAUUAUGAUUUAUUUAAGUUGUAUUUAUGAUCAACUUUUAAUGUAUCAAAAUUGUUUUGAAAUUUUUUUCUAAUAUUGUAAGUGAAAGUGUUAUUCAGAUUGUGAAUAAUUGAGUUAUCUGUUUCUGUUGUGAGGGAGGAAGAAGAGCAUGUGGGCAUGUCUUGAUUAUGGCAUAAAAUGGGGGAGGGAUUAAUAAUUUGCUAUCACCUUGCUAUCACGAGAAUACUGUAGGUGAGUGUAAGGAAGGAGGACUCUGAGAAUACUGAAUGGAUAGUGUUCUUGCUGCAUGGGAGCCUUGUGUGUCACUUCUAGGUGCCUGUCACUCAGUUGUGCAGUGGUUUCACUUGCCAUGGCUUGGAUCUUGUAUGAAAGUACAUUACAUAGUUUUGGAAAGUGUUCGUGUCAUGGAAGUUGGCUAAGAACUUGUAGAAAAGAUAUAUAAAAAGUAUUUGUGUAGAAGUUUUGUAUUUUUAUGUAAACUCAAGGUGAACUGUGACAGGAAGCAUGGAGUGAACAUUAUAUAUAUAUAUAUAUAUAUAUAUAUAUAUAUAUAUAUAUAUAUAUAUAUAUAUAUAUAUAUAUAUAUAUAUAUAUAUAUAUAUAUAUAUAUAUAUAUAUAUAUAUAUAUAUAUAUAUAUACACACACACACACACACACACACACACACACACACACACACACACACACACACACACACACACACACACACACAUUAAAUAUGCUGUGGAAGGGGGACAUCCUGGUUGUACACUCUUGCAGUUGCGUUGGGAAACUACUAACAUCAUGUUUCCUGCAUGUCAUGAUGGGGCACUAAGAGAUAUACUGGGGAGACUGGGAGUCCCUACUCUGUAUUCUUAUUCCUACAAUAAGACAAGCCAUGAUGUCUUGUUUUGGCCACUGCUCCUGAAAGGAAAGGUCAGUCUUGUACGUAUAUGGACUUGUAUUUCUGAAAUUACUUUCAGUACUUUUUAUGUUGAUUCAACUUGUGUACUGAGCCAAGGUGUUUUAUAGGAGUUUUGUUUGAGUGUUUGUGGGUGAGUGGCAUACCUACAGUGAGUGUGGUGUACAUAUUUCAAAGACAUGGUGUGAAGGACUGUCUUUUUGCCUUAGGGAUGUGAGUGAGAGCAGAGUUGGGUGGGGGGAGGGUCAGCAGGAGCCAAUCCCCCAUGAAAGGUUUACACUAGUUCUAAGUAUUCAGAUAGAUGAAAAAGUAGGCAUCUUCACUUGGGAACAGGAACUAAUAUGGCAAAAUGUUAACUUUUGUGGUGUUUAUAUGGAGAAUUUGUCAAUGGGUUUGCAUUUCAAACUUUAAAGUAUUGUUUCCCUAUUAGACUUACAUGCAUGUUUGUGUCUCCUGUAAUAAUGAUUAGGCUGAUCCACAAGCUGUGUGUAUUGUGUUCCAUAUUUCACACUCUUAAGUAUCUACAUACACUAAUUAAUUUUGUAUUAGGAAUGGUCUAUUUUAUUUUUGUACAAAACUCCUGUGUUUAUGCAUACAAACCUUUUUCUAGAGAUGGAGAGGCAAUUUUAUGAGAAUCUUGUACUUUGUUUGGUGAUGUGCAUGAGAUGGUUAGCCCAAAAUGUGAUAUUAGCUUAUGGUAUUAGAGGCACCACCACCACCACCACUAUCAUCAUCAUCAUCAUCAUCAUCAUCAUCAUCAUCAUCAUCAUCAUCAUCAUCGUCAUCAUAACUUGGAUUUGUCCGGCAGUGUCCUGUAAGAAGAGUUCUGUGAAUCAUGUGUGUCACCAGAACAUCUAUAUUACUUUUUUUUUGUCAUUAUUUUUAUGUUCAUUAUUUGUUUUUGCAUUGUAUUAUGAGGUGGAUGGGGAAAGAAGUUGGUGUUACUGUGGCCUGUGUGUCUUCUUAGCCAAACUUUGCUCUCAAGUUAUUCUUAUUAGGAUAUUCUCAUGAUAGUGGUUUUGGAAAUUUAAUUCCUUUGUGUCACAUUAAAAAAAAAAUCUUUCAUUCUUGCAAUUGUUUGGAUAUGUAAUUGUAUUUUUAGUUUUAUGAAUAAAUUAAUUAUUUAAU